AAAAAAAAUUACAAAAUUUAAACUUCAAAGUAAUAGGUAUCAGUAGGUAGGUAAUAUGUUUAUUACCAUUCCAAAAUUUUAAAUAACCAAUAUAUUAUUAUUUCUCUACUUACAAAUAAAAUAAUAUUGAAUUUUUAUUAAUUUUUGUGAAUGAUAUAUUGCGGUUGAAUUAAGAGACGAAAUACAAACUUAGAAAAUUCUGUUGUGAUAUUGUUUUGAACUUUUGGUUUACACAUGGAAUAUUUUUACUAAGUUUAUGGCAAAUCAAAAGAUGAUGGACCCUAAGUUUUCUUUUCCUUUCAAGCCAUAUGCUAUCCAAGAAAAUUUUAUGAAACAAUUAUAUUACACAAUAGAAAACAACAAACUUGGUAUUUUUGAAAGCCCUACCGGAACUGGUAAAUCAUUAAGUAUUUGCUGUGGAGCUAUUCAAUGGCUUAAAGAUAAUGAACAAAGAAAUCUGGAAAAUUUGGAGAAGAAUAUAGAAAGUCUCAAAUUAGAGCUGAAUAAUAAUUCAAGUGCUAAUGACUGGCUAGAAGAAGAAUAUGAAAAAAUCAAGAAGAGCCAGGAAUUAGUUGCCAUGCAGGCAAAAGUACAUAAAAUAAAGGAAAGAAUUGAACAAUUUAAUGAUAUGAAGGUUCGUGUCUCUAAACUCAAUUCAAGUGUUAUCAAUAAGAAUAUGGAUAAUUAUUAUAAUAGAACAGAUAAAUAUAAGAAAGGCUUGGAUAAAGAAAAUAUUCUAGAAGAGAAGAAGACUGAAGAUGAUGAUCUUAUUUUAGAAGAAUGUGAAGUUCAAGAAGAUGAUACAGAGCAAGAAUCGGAGGAUGAAGCUGUGGAAAACAAGGAGGAUGUAACAAAAAUCUUUAUAGGCAGUAGGACACACAGUCAAUUAUCACAGUUUGUUGGAGAAAUCAAAAGGACUGUGUUCAAGGAUAAUAUGAGAGUAGUGACCCUUGCUUCUCGGCAGCAUUAUUGUAUUAAUUCAGAUGUGGCAAAACUAAAAAAUGUAAAUCUUAUUAAUGAAAGAUGCCUUGAUUUACAAAAAUCGAAAUCAAAAUCUACAGCAGUAGACUCAGAUGGUAGGGCGACAAAGAAAAGUAAAACGAAAACAUGCUCGGCAUGCCCAUAUUAUAACCAAAAUAAUAUUAGUAAGUUAAAAGAGAAAAUACUAGUUGAUAUUAUGGAUAUGGAAGAUUUAGUCAAAAGUGGUAAAGAGUUGAAAGCUUGCCCAUAUUAUGCGUCUAGAGCUGCCAUGGAUGACGCAGAGGUGGUCCUAAUGAGCCAUGCAGGCGUGGCUAGUUCUGGAGCAAGAGCAGGAAUAUCUUUGAAUUUAAACAAUAAUAUCCUGAUAUUAGAUGAAGCGCAUGGUCUUCCAACUGCAUUAGAGAAUGCAAAUUCUGCACCACUUUCUGAAAGAGAUUUGUCUUCUGUAAAGACUUGCUUACAGUUCUACAUUAAUAAAUAUAGUUCAAGAUUGAGUUCAAAAAAUUUGUUGCUGUUGAAUCAGAUGAGUUUUGUUGUUGGAAAGUUGUUAGGUUUAUUGAAAUCCAACAAUACAAAUAAAGAUAUACAAGAAGAAAAAUCAAUCUAUACUGUAGAAGAUUUUGUUGUAAAAGCUGAAAUUGACCACAUGAAUUUUAGACCUAUAGUGGAAUUCUGUAGGAAAAGUAGAUUAGCGCCUAAACUACACAGCUUUUCAAUGAGGUACAGUCAAGAAGCUUUGGAAGAAGAAAUCGAAAAAAGCAAUAGUAAUAAAAAGAGUUCUUUUAAAACAUUUUUAGAAAAUAUGAAAAAAGAUAGAGAUUUGAAAAGUUGUAAACAAACGGUUGAAGAUAGCGGAAUAAAUAGAGACAAUAAAAAAGAAAAGAAAGAUAUUAAAUUAGAUAAUGAAAACCCACAGAGAAUUAAUACAAUGGAAACAUCAGCAGGCACAGGAUUGUAUAAGAUAAUGGAAUUCCUAGAGCUAUUAUGUGAUCGCAGUGACAAUGGCAGAGUUCUCGCUCAAACUGGCCCCCUCCACAGCGGCCAGUUAAAGUAUCUCCUGUUGAAUCCAACUGAACACUUUGCGGAUGUCAUCAAGCAAUGUCGAUCUGUUAUAUUGGCUGGAGGUACUAUGGAGCCCAUUGGCGAAUUUUUACAACUACUCACCGGCAGCUGCAAUCACAAUGACAGGGUGAAUGUCGUAAAGUGCGAACAUGUCGUGCCCAAAGACAAUGUUCUGGGUAUCUGCGUGUCAAAGGGACCAUCUAAUGUUAAUCUCAAUUUUGGUUAUGAAAACAGGAUGUCGAAAAAUCUUUUGGCAGAAGUGGGGCAUAUUCUAAGAAAUAUCUGUAAUCUAGUACCAGGAGGUGUUGUCUGUUUUUUACCUUCGUAUACAUAUGAGGAAACCGUAUAUGAAAACUUGAAGGCCACCGGUGUUUUAGAAAGUAUUAGCAAAAAGAAAAGUGUAUUUCGUGAACCUAAGUCGGCCGCGGAUGUAGAUCAGGUAUUGAACAAAUAUGCAAAGGCAGUGGAAAAUAAACAAGGGUGCAGUACUGGUGCAUUGAUGUUAAGUGUUGUUGGUGGUAAACUAAGUGAAGGUUUGAAUUUUAGUGAUGAUUUAGGCAGAUGUGUCAUAGUAGUGGGAAUGCCGUAUCCAAAUAUAAAGUCACCAGAGUUGAAAGAGAAGAUGAAAUAUUUAGACCGAAUGGUUAGCCCUAAUGCAGGCCAUAUCUACUAUGAGAACUUGUGCAUGAAGGCAGUCAAUCAAUGUAUAGGUCGAGCAGUCAGGCACAUCAACGAUUACGCGUGCGUUUUAUUAUUAGACGAAAGAUAUUCAAGACCUCAAACUGUUUCGGCGCUGCCGUCAUUUGUACAGAGAUCACUAAUCACCGAUAGUGCCUUUGGGAGUACAAUAAGUAAUGUAGCUAAAUUCUUUGCGAGGCAAAAACAAAAGUCUUUCAAUGAAAGUGAUAAUAAAUGUAAUAAAUAAUAUUUAUUUAGAAAAUAUAUCUAAUAUCACCA